GUUUACGACCCUCCCCGCCCAUGCACAGGAGCUGUGCCUCGGGCUUCUCCUGCAACUCGUGCGUCUGGCCCCUCUCGUGACGAAUCCGGAGGGGAGUGACGGCACGGAGACGGCAAAAGAAAUACUCGGCAGACUUUCUGGUGCCGCUCGGACUUAUUUGACGUCCGAGCAACCCCCCUUCCUGGUGCGCCUCCUCGAAAAACAGAAGGUCUCCCCGGAUGAUACCAUCCAGCACGCCUGGAAUGCAAAGUGGACCCUAGAACUCGGGGAGAUCCUGGGGUGUGGCGAGGCUGCAGCGUGGCUCCGGGGCAUCGAGACGGCUAGGGGGGUCGACAAACUAUUGGCGAAGGCCACCCAGUUGGAGGAGGGUGGCACGUCCGCGGAGGCAACGCGGGCGCAGAAGAGCGAAAGCAAGAGGGUUCGGGAGGUACGGCAGGCGCCUGCGAAGAAGCCCAAGGCCACGGUGGUCGGGGGCGAAAAGGUACGAUCGAAGGCACGCGUCGAGGCGCCGGUCGAGGAAACGUCCGAAGAGCACGAGCGAGCUACGCAGGGGUCGGAAGCGGACGGAGGCAAUCUCGAAGCAGAGGAGGAGAGAAUCCGGGCGCAGUUCGAGGAGCUGGAGCGGGCCAAGAAGGGAUUCGAAGCGGAGAGGGCUGAGAUAGAGGGAGGACAGGCGAGUCUCCGGGCGCAGUACGAAGAGCUGGAGCGGGCCAAGAAGAGCUUCGAAGCGGAGAGGGAGAAGUGUGAGGAAGAGAAAGCGAUUCUGCGAGCGCGGUUAGAGGAGCUGGACCAGGUUGAUGCGGCGGAGGCGGCGCCGAAUGAGAAGGGCAAUGAGCAGCGUGAUCAAUCGGAGGAUCUGGAGACAGCAUCGAAGGAGCUCGAGAAGGACAAAUGGCACACAAAAAGUCUACUUGGAAACUCAAUCAACCCGCCGGCAAAGCCUCGCUCGGCUCGGUCGUACCAGGACUCCAAAUUUAAGACGAAGUUCUUAACCACAAACUCAAUCAACCCGCUGGCGAAGCCUCACCCGGCUCAGUCUUACCAGACCUAG